AUGGCGCUCUUCGCGCAGCUACCAGCUGACCUGAACGAGGAGAUCGGGCUGGCGCUCUCGAACAAGCUCAACAUAAGCCAGCUCAACUUCCUGCGCCUGGUGAACAAAACCUGGAGAGGCGCAGUCGAGGGCGGCCAGUUUGGUUCCCUCGGUAGACUUCUACGUCCGGGUCUGCCGAAACUGGCCAUCCUAUUCCGAAACGACGCCACGAGCUGCGAAGAGUCUGAGCUAGACACAAGCGUGGCGGUGGCGCUUCCCGCCAUAGGGAUCGUCGAUGAAGCCACGUGGCGCGUCCACAUCUUUCCGCUGAGCUCGACUGGACCGCUCUUCGUUCAUAAACAAACGCACGUCGUCCUUCUGGGGCGUUCCAUUUUUACCUUCACGAACCUAAAGCCCAAGUCCAUUUUCUCGGGAUUUAGGGAAGCGGGAACAGAGGAAGAAUGGAGACGCGAGGAGGCUUCCGUUCCGGUCCGGUGCCUUGAAGCGGCGGAAGCCUCUUGCCAAGUGCUGGCACCCCUUCGAGAGCUGACGCAAAAGGGGCGGUGGCAGUUAGCCGUUCGGAACGGGGGUCAGCCAGAACUGCUAGAACUGCCACUUUUAAGAAAGGGACUCGCCUCGCGACCAGUGCGAGGGGCUCUGAAUCUGAAGAGAGGGCUUCUCAUAUUGUCUUCAGAGGAAGCGUACUUGGACGGCGGCGAAGUGAAGUAUGUUUGGGAGCGGGGCGCAGGCAUCGAGUGGUCGCCGCAGAAUUGCAGGGUGGUUUGGGCGGCGGAGUUUAAGGGUUAG